CCCCCGCGUGCGCUCUGAGCUGCCCAGACUGGACAUCUGUGUGGGGGGGAAAUAGCAGCUUCAUAGCUACACUGAUUUCCUCCUGCAGUCUCGAUGCAGCUCCCAAUUAUGUUUGUGCAGAGCUGCGAAUAAUUACAAGGUUACGGUUCAUAUUGGAGGCUUUUUUGGGGGGGGGUGGGGAGUGACGGAAGAUAUAAACGCGUCGUUAAACCCGCCACCACCCGAUACAGCCAAUUAGUGAGGUUCGUCACCUUAAACAAAACGUGCCAAUUCGUUACUGCUUCAGCACACCGGCGAUGUGUCGGAAGGGCAAAACCCACAACAUCAUUCACAAUUCGAGUGCCGCGACGUUUCGCCGGUAAUUGCGACCAGCCUCGUCAGGCGAGCGCCAGAGUUGUUGAAAGUCGUCGGGAACGCGUCGAGAUGCUGCUGCUGCUGCUGCCGUUCACGAGAGAGAUGCUGCCGUUGAGACGCGCGCUCGUCGCUACGGCUGCCGUGGCGCUCUGCAUGUUGCUCGCAACUGUUACCAGGAACUUAAGAAAUCACGACUUCGUGUUGAACUCCAAGCGGGGAAUCUUAGUGACGAACGUGUCCAUGCCGCUGCAGACGACGGUGCUCGACCUCAUGCCCAUCCUCAACCGCAUGCUGACGUGGCCCAACAAUGCCUCCCAGGCAGAGCUCUCUUCCCUGGCUGUGUCCGCGAACUUCUCCUCACCGCUCUACUCUAUGGCCAUGUACGUCUACAAUGUGACGGACAGGAGGAUGCUCCUGCAGCAGGAGAGACAUCCGCGCCGGCAGUGCAUCUGCGUCGACUUCGCCAACCCGGACCAAACGAAUGUGUACGAUGUGAUUGUCCUGGGGAAAAACGAGCCGAUCAUCCCACAGCUGAUCUUUCCCCGUAAGCCCCUAACGGCGCAGGACAUCACUCCCAACUGCAAUGUCCUGUGCUUCUCCGCGACACUUCAAGAUGCGUCACUGCCCCCUUCUCCGCCUCUCUUCGGCGUUAUGAUGUCGAAGAACGCCACUCUCGCUCAAGGUGGUGAUGAUGGUGGUGGUGCUGAUGGAGCCACGCGACUGACGGUGGAGGAGGUCACCCUCGGCCCCACGUUUCUUCCCUCCCUUCCGAAGUCGACCGUGCUCCCUGCAGCGCGCACGGGAGACGCGAUCCCGCCUCCUCCGCCCUCGAGUGCCGCUCACCCCGUGACCACCGAUCGAUCGGACGAACGCGGCAGCUCCUCCGCAACGAGCAGAGCCACCGUGACCGUGGUGUGCCGGCCGGUGUGGCCGUGGCGACGCGUGUCGCCCGGUUGGACCCCCGGCGAGGGCGGGCAGGGCUGCGUGCUCCGCACGGCGUGUGGCUGGGACACGCGGGGACGCUGCUCGCCCUGCGCUACCGGGCGGAUUCCGCGAGACGACGGGCUGGCGCCCGCCCCGGCCACGUGCUGCUGGUCUCAAGGGUGCAGCCUGAGUGGCAGAAGCCAAGGGCGAGUCCGAUGCCUCGUCGGGGCCCGGUUUUGUGCGGUAUCGGUGCGACAAGAGGAGGCAGCUCUGCUGGGAGGGAGAAGACCCUCACCUCACCUGGGACCCAGCGACCUUCUCCUCCAGCCCAGCAGGAGCUGCCCGCAUUCGGGAAGCAUCAAACCCCCCCCAGCCCCCACCCCGCACACACCGCAGCAGCUUAGGAGGGGGCAUCAUUUGUGUAAUGAAUAACACGAAACUUUUUAACACCAUUUUGUGUCAUAGUUUUCCUGCUGGCAUCACGGCCCGAGAUUAAACUUCCACGUGGAACGUCACAUUGUAUCAUUAAUUCAGACGGAGCCCUGUGGAGGGUGACAAGUGUUUUACUCCAGAGCCCGACAGCGCAGUGAUAUUUGUAUUUAUUAGUUUCGGGGUGUGGAAGGAACGUGAGUUGCAUGACAAAAUCAAACUCGGAUGAAUCGGGUUUUUUUUUUUACUGAAACGUGUGCAAAUGAAGGUACGGUCAAAUGACAGGAAGGCUCUUUGUGCGCUGGAAUUGUGGACCACAGGUGGAGUAAGACCAUCAAUUUGAAUGUAGAAUCCCAGCAGUGUUUGGCUCAGUGCCACCGCCAAUGAGCCCUCCCCUUAGCCACUCAGACACCUUUUAAAAAUACUGAAUUAUUCAUAAUAAAGGUUUUUGGGUUAGAUCGCGUUAUUAUAAAUGUGUCACAAGCCUCCACCACCCGACCACGGCCAUUCAGUAAAAAAAAAGUGUCACGUUAACAAAAGACAAAUUAGUUCACUGCUUUAGCCCACCAGUGUGUUUGACUGAAUUAGUCGGUCGACGACUUUGAUUCUUCAUCAGUGAGCAGAGUUCAUGCGUCAAGUCGGGGCGAAACGCACCGGCCACUUUAAAAUGUCGCGAAAAAUAACAUAUUUCGGAUGCAUAACAAUAAAUUCUCCACUUUAUUGCACAGAAACAAAUCACGUGAAUGUAAAGCUGAAUGAGAACAUGAAUUGAUGACCGCAAUAAAUAAGUGGAAAACGUGACGAGCUUUAUAAAUUGGAAAGUAAAGAGCCCGACAGCGCACAACGGGUCGCAUUAAUGCACAGCGGAGCGACAACGCGAGAGGGUGAUAAUCAUCCAUUAUUUGGUCCAAAAAUAAACGCAAGCACUCGAACAAACUCCAGUCCCGACGCCCUCACUUCGAUCCAGAUUUUUACGAGCCACCAACGCGCGAUGCAGCCCUUGACGCAAUUCUGACGUUUUCCCAUGGAGCUAGAAUGCCGGGCAUUUAAAUAGCACACUUCCAUGUCCGAAACUGUUAACCAAUUACUUUGAAUGCAACCCGCCUUGAUUUUACAAUUCACAAUUUUUUUCAAAGGCCAUAUAAUCGCUAAUCAACUCAACCCAUUCAUAGGAGAGCGGAAGGCACAUCGAAAAGAAGUCCAGCUGAAAUUUUAAUUUCCACGAGUGCCAACACUCUUCUGCCACGUCAUUAAGCCCAAUGUCAACAUGAAAUCAACCUCAAAGUUACGCGGAACAUUUCACAAGCCACCUGGCAGGUGUCUUUUUCGCGAAGGUCACAGAACCAAAUGAACCUCCUUGCAUUCUUAGCCGGUUAAAGGUGGCACUCCCGAAGAAUAAAGAAGGGCGUAACGUGCGGCUAUCGAUUGGCAGAUGCGGUGAAACUGGACCUCAGUGGACACCGCAGGCUGAAUCUUGUGAAGUGACUACAUCAGUGCACGUGCAAAAGAUAAAAGUAAAAAUACGGGGGGGGAAAGCUAGGCAGUUAUUGAAUCCCAUGGAAUCUUAAUUGUAAGUUGGAAAAUCAAUGUGAAAUACUGCUUUACAGGACCGAUGUGUAUAACAGCAGCCUUACUCUGACAUACUAUAAAUGGAGAACCCAGUGUUGGAACACCUGCUAGCGUUGGCUUUAAUGUUGCCAAUUAGUUUCUAAAACGCAUAAUGAACAGAAUGGAAGGCUGAUCGUUUUCCGAGUUACCGCUACUACGACGACACUCAGCCAGAGCUGGUGAUUGAUUGGGAUGCCGCAAGUCACACACUCCCAAUUGGUCAAAUCAGGCAGAGUCACGUGUCCAUGCUGGAAUUGGUAUAUUCAUGUACAACACUUGGCAUGUAUUGAUUCUCCCCCACCCCCUCCCCCACCUCAAUUGGAUUGUCACAGGGUUGAAACAAAUUCUUUCGUUCUAUCGGUAAAGUCACGUAGGUAAAAAUACAAAAUAAAGUUAAUCAAAUCGCGACGUUUCGGAGGCAACACAAGCCCCCGUCAUCAGGUGUAACGAGCACAGCAAAAUUACAGUAAAGAGAGAUUUGUAAUAAUAAUCUCUUAUUACAAAUCUCUUAUUACAAAUGGCUCUCUUUACAGUAAUUUUGCUGUGCUUAUUAAACCUGAUGUCGGAGGCUUGUGUUGCGCCUCCGAAACGUCGCGAUUUGAUUAACUUUAUUUUUUAUUUUUACCUACGUGACUUCACCGAAAAAAAACAAAGAGUAUGGAUCAUUGCAAUCACGAAAACUUCAAAUCUAGAAUUGCAAUAUAUUCUUGUAUCACUUGUAGCUCUCUCAGUCUAUGCCGUCUCACGUACACGACAGUGUUCGCCUCCAUUAGUUCUUAACUUUAACAUUUGUACAUAAUGAGCGUAAAUUGUAAACGAUUGCCGCGCUCGGAAUUGCUCGCAUUGCGAAGUGCGCACGCGGAUCCAUUUGAAUCCGAGAGAAUCAUCACGUGCCCAGUGUCGCCACCAUCACGUUCGCAUCAUCAAGAGUGAUCCGUCAAUCAUUGGACCGUUAAGACAGUGAUUCAAGCAUCGGGCAAUUUAUGACUCGUGCCUGGGCAAUUUAUAAUUCAGGUGAGGCCAUCGAGAAUUCAUUAUCCAUUUCCAGAACGGACAUUUAUGUAAAAAUAGUGAUGAUUUUGCACCCACUGACAUCAGGGUUUCUCCACGAUUUUAGUUUCUGGUAGUUCUAACAUUUGGAAACUGACACUUGAUAUCGGUACACAAUGACCCGCUCUUCUGACCGACGACAUCACGCCUUCUUUAAUGACCACUUUGUAGCGAACUACGCACUUUGGUAAUUAAUGCGACCUCCACCCACCCCCCCCCCCC